AUGGACGAGUCAGUGGAUUUGAAGCCACCUCCUUCCAGGCGUCCUUCCCUCACCUCUUCCACUUCACAUCUACGCUAUCCCACCUUCCCUCCGCUGAGCGGCUCCGUGGAAGAGUGGCUGUCUCGCUCGAGACCCAUCAACAUGACGUCAACGCCUCCGUCCAAGUCGCUGAGCGAGAGCUGGACCACCCUGAGUGUCUCGGAUGCGCACUCCGAGGACGGUGGCCGUUCCGAACAGACGGACGUCGGCUCCCUCAUCGAUCAGCCCGGUCCCGACGACGUGGCCAGCCUUGAUGGCCGGUAUACUCCCAGCGACGACACCGACGGGAAUGCCGACGAUGGUGAGGACGGAGAGAGCUACGACUCGAAGAGCAACGCCUCUGAAUCACAGGAGCUGCCCUCGGCGUUCCCCCGGCUGGGGGCGUCGAUCGAAGACAGCCGCCUGACCACGCAGACGGCAUUCCGCCAUCCCAGCGAGUCGAUCGAGUUCGUGGAGCCUGACCACUGGCCCGAGAUCGAACGCGUCGAGCUGAAGCACACCGUCCGAGUGUUUAGCGGCGUCGAGGCCGCUGAUCUGAAAGCUCAACUUCCUUUCAAUCUGCAGGAUUCCAUCCUGACCGCCACGGUGCAGCAGACGAUGACCAAGAAGAACCUCGACACCGACAAGCCCUUCCGCGUGCUGUACGUCGGGAGCUCGGAAUACCGCAACAUCAUUCUUGACAAGAUGGGAGACGUUCUUGUGUCCAGCACCAAUGGCGGCAACUCGGAGAGUACCUCGACCGAGUCCUCCAGGUAUCACGUUGUCCCGACGUCUUUUGGCGCAGGCGCGGUCCCGAAUUUUGCGGAGCUUCUUCCCAUCCACGUGCAACUGGUCGUGGAUGAGUGUGUGGGGGCUGCGUCAGAUCUGCCGAUCGACAAACCGAGCACCAUUAGUAUGGACUUUAAGAAUCGACCUUCGUGCACCUCGUCGUGGACCGGCAGCGAAUACUGCGUGUCGUCCACCAGCGAAUGGGUCCUGCCCGACAUCGCCAUCCUUUUCUUGUCCACCCUGGACACCCCCAAAGCCGUGGAGACGCAGAAGUUGGCACGGAUCUUCAUGGAGAGACACGGGGUCCCCACCAUGGUUAUCUCGGAGAGCCCGCUAUGGAAAAUGACGAGGGAGUCGAUCCCGCUUAACUUUUACAGCCUUCACAUGUGUGUGGAAUCCCGCCAUCCGCUCACCGGCAAGAGCACGGUCGUGAAGCGCUAUCCCAUCGACCUGCACACGUUUGAGAGUAUCACGCCGGGGCAACUGAACCGAAACCUUGCCUGCUUGGUUAGCGCUUACCCCAAGAAAGACAAUUUGAUGGCCUUUUCGCAUACCCACGUGUCACCACACAAACCGUCUCUUGGUCUGGGGGAGUAUACAAAGUGCCUGUCGCUUGAUUAUCACCUGGGCAACGACCCCAGCCUCUCGUCGGUGCUGCGACUGUUGUUUCUCGUGGUCUUCAGCGCCGGAACGGUCCUUUGGGGGCAUUUGGCUCUGCAGGAGGCAGUGACCUACUCCUCGCAAGUCUUCCGGGGGUCUGCUGUUUCAAAUGUGUCAUCCGAUCUGCCCAGCAGCGUGCCGACCACCGGUAUCGUUCCGGCGGACCAACCGACACAGGCGUCGCUUUGCAUAUCGACGCCCGGUAGUGCCGUGCAGCCUUUGGGGGAGCGACGCCGCAGUCGGUCUCCGAUCGAGGAAUUCAUCGAAGGCACACUGUCCCCAUGGGAGCAACCAGAGCGGCCCGGUGGCUUUGAGAUCCAGGCAGUCGGUGAUUGUCACCUGGUGGUGAAACCGCCCGCCAAACCCGUUGGCAAGAAGCACCCGAAAUUCAACGUCAAGGUCACGCGCGGUGGACAGCCGCUUGCCUAUGAGCUGUCCCGGCUGUUCGAAGGGGUCUAUUCGCUCAAGUUGGACCGAAGCGAUGCCUACGGGGUGGUGGACGUCACCAUCAUCACCAACACGCGACCUUAUAUCAACCAGACCACCCCGGUGGACUUUGGCACGCCGUGGCUCAAGAUCGCCAACUGGAAACGAGCAGCGCAUGCCAUCUCGUCGCAGAUCCUGAGGGACUUUACCACUGCCCAGACGGGGCUGACAGAAGUGUACGGACGAUUCUCCACCGACGUCCAAGUGCUCAUGGGCGAUGUCGUGAAACGCGCGCAUGUGCUCCGCCGAGACGCGGACACCAUCCGGCACGACUCCUACCUUCUGGGCAUGGAUACGCGGGAGAAGAUGCUGUCGCGGUCUAAACAGCUGUCCGAGGCGGUGCGACGGACUGCCGUCGAGCCCUUCCUCGCCGCGUCGUCGGCGCUGCAGGGCCACGGCGACCGCGUCCACCGGGAGGCGCUGGGACUCAUGAGCAGCACGUGGGAUCGGAUCAGCACGUCAGCGCCGGAGUUCGACCUCACGUCCGUGAUGGAGCAUCUUCGGAAUGCGAAGAAAUGCAAGACGUUGGACACGGCGCAGCGGCGGGCGAAGGGACUGGUGAGACAGAAGAAGUGCGGGCACUCUGAAUGUUCUUGA